CAUGUUUAACGAAUCCUACUUUAAUCUUCACUUCUGACAAUAACAUUACCCUCGGUUUUGUUUCCUGUUCCUGUGUUGUAUGUCUGUUGGGCCCUUCUCCAUCGCCACAGCCAAACUACAUGAUGACCAAAUCAUUUUUGCACCAAUGCCGAGGUAACUCAGCAGUCAUCAUUCAUUAUCAUCAUGCCAGAGGCAAGAAUUCACAGUAAACAGACUGAGAAGAGACCCGAGGAUGACUCAUAGGUUCAAAAGCAGAAAUGUUUGUAUUGCAUGAAAUAGUUUCUUCCAGACUUCUUUGUAUUUAUCAUGGGUCUAGGGCACAGGUGUCAAACCGAUCCUCAAAGGGCCACAGUGGGUGCAGGCUUUUGUUCCAACCAAGCAAGAGGACACCUACUCACCAACCAGGUGUCUGAAGACUGAUCAGUUGAUUGUCAGUCUGGUUCACCUGUUGGUGCUUUCAGGGCUGGAACAAAAAUCCACACCCACUGCAGCCCUUUUGUGGGUCAGUUAGACACCCCUGGUCUAGGGUGUGUUAUCAUAUGUGACAGACAAGACUUUCGUUACACGUAAUUCAGUAUGGCGUCAUGCCAUCAGAAAAAUUUCUUUUUAAAGAUGAACUCUUACGUGAUCAGACAUAUUUAAACUAAGUGGAAUCAUCUGAACUGACGGACAACAAAGCGUCUUGGAGGAGCACAGUGUUGUCUAUAUUGCCAUCUGCGAUUACGUUUUUCGCUGUUUCACCAUGGUCCUUCCUCAUAAACAAACUUUACACACUGUGCAUUGUCACGGCCUCACACAUUCGAGUCUCAUCCGGAACAGGUGUGAUCCGAACAAGAGAAAACCUCUCUUUGUCAAAAGAAGGCAGAAAAGCCCACACUUGGGCUGGAUCCCCUGGCUCAUCCAUUGUGGCCACCAGGGCUGCUUUCCACUUUUCCCCUGCUCAGGUUGAUGAUGCCGUUUGUGCAGUUCUAUGAAUAUGUGCAUAGCACUCUCACUGGCUGCCCACAGGCCUGUCCUCUGUGAUGCUGUAUUAACCAAUAGCGAAGGCAGUUAGAGGGGUAUGCACGUAUUCAUAAAACUGUGGUUACAUAAGGCAAACGGUUAGCUAUCAAUGAUUUUCCACUGUCAUACAGGCUCAAUGUGAACACACACAAACCCUCCCAUCGCGGAAUACAUUGUGUCCCGGUAUUUGACACAGGCUAGUGCAAUUUAAAAAAAAACAAAAAAAAAACAACAACACUCAUUAAAUAUUGAGUGGUGCAUGUCACUGGCAUUUCCACUAGGCUGUGCUCCAGUACUGUGUCAUUGCUAUCAUAUCGGGUGAAUGGCAAUGACUCAUGUCAAUAAGUCAAAUCUGCAUUUGUCUUUUUAAAAUGCGUGGAAUGGAAUUAUUCCGGCACCCUUUCUAAAAUUGAAGCAUGAAUAAAAUAUUAACAUAGAGGCAGUACGCAUGCGCUUAGCAGUCAGCCGGGAAUCAGAAGCAGAGCUGCCGAGGAUCUGCUGAUGUCAGCCAGUGCAGCAUUUCGUGGUGCAGGGUGUGUAAAUAUCCCUGCUCAGCUCAAUUCACAACUUCUCAUGCGGACAAGACUGGAACCAUAAUGCCGAAAAUGAGGCCGUGGAUGCUGGUGGUAUUCUGUGUGAGUUGUCUGACCACAUCGGCAUUGAUGAAGAGGACUUUCAGGUGCCCUUCAACAUGCAGCUGCUCGAAAGAAUCCAUAAUUUGCGUGGGAUCAUCCAGCAUCCCCAGGUUUGGCUCCACCGACAUCAGCUCUCUGAGUUUCGUCAAUGGGACUUUCUCUGAGGUCAAAGAGGCUAUGUUCUCUCACAUCUCUUCUCUCCAGCUACUGCUGCUCAAUUCCAACUCUUUCACUACUAUAAGAGAUGGUGCAUUUUCAGGCCUUCCACACCUGGAAUAUCUGUUCAUAGAAAAUAACAAGCUGGAAACAAUUUCUAAAAAUGCCUUCAGAGGACUGAGAGGCCUAACUCAUUUAUCUCUCGCCAACAAUCAGUUAAAGUUCUUGCCCAGGGACCUUUUUUUGGAUCUGGACUCGCUCAUUGAGCUGGACUUGCAUGGCAACACUUUUGAGUGUGACUGCCGCAUCAAGUGGUUGAUGAUAUGGCUUAAGAACACCAAUGCUAGUGUGUCAGAUGUGGUGUGUGCCGGACCAGAGGUGUUGAAAGAUAAACGUCUUAAUGAUAUGAACAGCCUGCACACUGACUGCAUUGCCACAGAUUUCAUCCUCCACCAGUCAGUGGUCUCAGAAUCGCUCACCGUCGACACAUUCAGCUUCCAAAAUGAUGUAUACGUGACUCUAGCUGCACCUACCACUGAGAGUUGCAUGGUACUGCAGUGGGACCACAUCGAGAUGAACUUCAGGACUUAUGACAACAUAACAGGCCAGUCCAUUGUGGGGUGUAAGUCUGUCAUCAUUCAGGAGCAGGUGUUUAUCAUCAUGGCUCAGCUCUUUGGUGGCUCUCGAAUUUAUAAGUUUGAUGAAGACCAGAGCAGCUUCACCAAGUUCCAGGACAUUGAGGUCUCCAAAAUUUCCAAGCCCAAUGACAUUGAGGCCUUCCAGAUUGACAAAGAAUGGUACUUUGUCAUUGCUGACAGCUCCAAAGCAGGACUAUCUACAGUGUACAAAUGGAACAAUGAGGGGUUUUAUUCCCACCAGUCUCUUCAUGAGUGGUACCGCGACACGGACGCAGAGUACUUGCACAUAGAUGGGAAAACACAUAUAAUUUUGGCCAGCCGUUCGCAAGUGCCAGUGAUCUACCAGUGGAGCCGUGGUAUUCAGAAGUUUGUCCUGCAAGGAGAAAUCCCAAACAUGGAGGAUGUAGUUGCAGUGAAGCACUUUGUUAUCAAGGAGAAGCUCUACCUGGCUAUGACACGUUACAUUGGUGAUUCCAAAGUGCUAUGCUGGGAGGCAAAACAGUUUGUAGAAAUCCAGUCUCUUCCUUCACGAGGUUCCAUGAUCCUGCAACCGUUCACUUUUAAAGAACGGCAUUAUUUAGCCCUAGGAAGUGAUUACACCUUUUCACAGAUCUGCCUAUGGGAUGAUGACAAGAAAGUAUUUGACCGCUUCAAGGAGGUUUACAUUCAAGCACCGCGCUCUUUCAUCCUGGUCUCCACGAGUCGAAGGGACUUCAUUUUUGCAUCUAGCUUUAAGGGAAACACACAGAUAUUUGAGCAUAUCAUCAUUGACUUGAGUUUAUGAUUAUCAUUAACGACACAGAAAAAAUGAUGUAAAUCCAAGCAAGAUGCUGUUUGGGAAUGGCGUUUCUUCAUAACCAUUUAUUCAACUCGUGCCUCUAUCAUGUGAUACAAAAUUGACCUUCAUUAUAUCCUGCACUAAAAACAAGUAUACAAAUCAAGAAGAGCUCAUCUGUGUGAUGUGAAACAAUUCAGUCACUUGAAAUCAAUUCAGUAGCUUUUAAGCCAAAAAUUCAAACCUGUAUAAAAGUGACAAAAUGACUUGGUUGUUAGACGAGAUUGUGUCAAGUGUCUUAGAUUCCUGUAAGGGAAACAUGUAUAAUUUUAUUCUGGAUACAAAUAAGUCAACAAUUAAAUGUGUUUGGAUUCUAUUUUGAAAAAACUAAAUAGUGUAGGUAACAAGAGAUUGAAUUAGCAGAUGGUUAAUCUCAAUACUCAUAUAAAAUCAAGUUCAACCAGGUAGAAUGUUAAUUAAAACUGAAGAAAUGUUGUUAGCAAGUUACAUUGCAUCACUCUGUUCUUCAGUUUUUGUUUUCAGUUAUCAAAAUAAAUUGCAACAUUUCUGUAUAUUAACUGAACGGUGGUUGAACCUGCAACUUCUCUUAUAAUUCUCUAUUCAUUCAUGUUUUUGAGAAUCUACAAUGCAAAUAGUUGUGGAAAUGAAAAAAAAAAUGUAUUGAAUGAGAGGUGUGGCCAAGCUUUUGGCCUCUAUAGGGGUGUGACAGAAUAGAAUAGAAAACAAGGUGCACAAUAGUACUCCCAAAAUAACAGAAGAAAAAGAUAAUGAAGAUUUGAUCUAAAACAAAUUUACCGCAAAAAGUCUGACCAAUGUGACUUAGUCGUGCUUUGCUGUGCGAAAAAAAAAGAAUGAAAACAGAUUUAAUCAUUUCUUUCAAAUGCUAUGAAAACUUAAUGAUCAAUGCAUAUCUGUACAUAAAUCUUGCAUCCAUUUUCACACAUAUUUAAGACCUAUUAUUUAGGACUCAUUUUAGGGGCUGUACUUAAUAGUCCACUAAAAUAAAUUUGGUUUGACUGGAUAGCAAUGGCAGUACCUUAAUUGCAUUUACUUUGAACCACACAACAAAUUGCAAUAGAAAAAAACUAUCUACACCCAGGUGACAGAUGAGACCUUGAUAAUAAUGAUGUUAGUUUUGGUAGAUCUUUAUAAAAUGUUCAUAAAUUGAAGUUCAAAGUUUAAACAAACCCUCAUUUUUUAAGUUCUAAAAACUUUUCUCGUAUUUAAUGUGAAUAACCCAUUUUAAUGAUUAUUAGUCAUCAGUUUGGACAGACAAUUGAUACAUUUGCAUACAAUUUGGCUUCAAUCAAGUCCGCGAGUCCAACAGAAUUAUUUAGAUGGUGAAAGAAAUUACAUGGAAAAUACUCACAGGAAAUCUGAUUCAAGUACAUUGUUCCAGUUACUUAUUCCGCUUAGCUUCUUUGCUACUGUAGCCAUCGGCCGUGCUCUGGGCUUCAGGGCUCCAGCACAGUGGAGGGGUGCAUUGUUAAAAAAGAAAAAUCUGACACAACCGUCUACAAAAAUGGUGGUAGGAGAGACUACGUGAAAGUCUGAAAGAAAAAAAACGUCUAUCGUAAUUAUUCAGAAAAAGCUAAUCACAGCACUGGGUCUUCGCCACAGAGCUGAAAGUAAAUUGAUCAGAACCAUAUAUAUAAAACAUCAUUCUCUCUCAAUAUCGGUUUGUUGUCACCCUUAGCUCAACUGACUGAGGACUGAGCUGUAGCCCUGAAACUGAGAGAAAAGGUUGAAAGUUCAUCUUUGGUUACAACGAGACUCAUGUAUUGUUCUUGACUGUUGACUGUCUGCAGAGGCUACUUUUACCUUGAGGUGUUUGGUGGGAUUUACAGUGGCUCCACCGAGUUCGACCUUUUCUCACUGCAAAUGUUUGGAAAAAGAAUUUGUUUCAUAAAUUGUUUUAUGCCGCAUUUAGCUCCCAAACAACAAGCAUAAAACUGUACAGGUACAGCAGUUGAUGUUUACAAGAGAAUGCUUUUGGUGCUCUCUUCUUGUUCAUAAUCAAAACUAGUGACUUAAUGAUUUGGAAAAAAUGUUGGCCCACUGGUGAACUGACAGUAGCCAAAAUAGAAAUCCAAGCAAUACAUUUCCAUACAUCUUGCUAAAAAUGAUGAUUUUUACUUCAUUUUAUCUUUUUGGGUUUUAAUUAAUGUUUUUUUUUUGUUUGUUUUUCAAUGAUGAUGAUUUUUAUAUGUAUUUUGAAUGAAUAACUGUAUUUAUUUCAAUGCCAAAAUUUAUAUGAAAUGUGUUAUGUGUUUUGUGUUUUGCACAUUGUGUUUUUGACAUUUACAAGAUACUGAAAGCAUGAGAAAAAUAAACAGUGCUUAUACUCAUGACAUGCAGGACACUGCUAUAUUAAAUGCGGGAUGAAAUAUGGAAAUUUUAAGCAUGUGAAUGUACACUAAAAUAAACAUCUAAACUUACAGAAAAGCUUACUGUAAUUGCUUUUGUGAUGUCUUCCUAUCUUAGUUAGGACUCUCAUUGACAUACAUUAACAAAAGGCUUCUCCCAGCCUCUCACCCUAAACCUAACCAUCUAAAACAAAUGGCAAAACUUAACCUUUACUCUGAGCCAAACGAAAACCCAAUUAUUUUAACGAAGCUAUUUUAUAGUUUUAACCCGCAAAAUGAGGUUUGACAAAGUGAGGACCGGCCAAAAUGUCAUUUUGCAAAAAUGUCCUCACUCUGUUGAUUAAAAGCAGGUUCUCACAAAGAUAGAAGUACAAGAACACACACACACACACACACACAUUUUUUAAAGAAAUACACAAAAUGCCCAUUUUUGGAUGUUAUUUUUAACAACUCAAUGGGAAAUUGUGUUAUAAAUAAAGUUCAUUAAUUAUAUAGGCAUGUGCUCUGUUGUUUGCAUCAAUUUCAGAAAUAUGGCUUUGAUAAGGCACUGGAACUUCAGAACCUCAUCCAGGAAAUUCAUUUGUUCCAUUGUACUCCUCGCUGCUUCUGCUCUGUCUCGCUCGCUCUCUCUCUCUUUCUCUCUCUCUCAGAGUGCAUGCUGGGAGCUAGGUGCGUGAGUGGGUGUCAUGAGCGAGUGGAUUUUUCAUGCUUUAUUUCAUUUAGUGGUAAUUAAUAAAUAGUAACUUCACAGGUGUAGUGUUUCUAGAUCACAUUAGUAGCUAGCUUUGGUGUCUUUCUGUGGGCUGUUUGGUGGGUUGCAGCUUUGAACUCCAGUUGUUGGCGUCUUGCCGGCUGCGUGUCUCACGCCAUGGCUAGCGCAGAGUUCAAAUCUUUAACCCCCAAACAUGGGAUUAAAGUCACUGCCACUUUUCCCUGCAGCGUGGAGGACAUUAGUCUGGCUGUGGGGGAUCAUCACUGAUGAAUUUCUGACCAGGGAGCUGUCCAGACAUGGGAAAGUGGUGUCACCAGUCUGAUCCUGUCUGGAUGUAAGUCUCCACUGCUGAGGGUCGUAGUAUCUCACCGCAGACUGCUAUACAUGAUACUCAAUAACCCGGGAAGAGGAGCUGAACCUUCGAUUUCUGGUGAGAGUAGAUGAUUACUGUAACAUCCGGGUCACUUGGUCCACUGUAAGUGCAUAAUGUCACGCGAGAACGGGAGUUGGAUGUGAUCUAUGAUGGAGUAAUAAACAGCAAUCAAAGAAGCCGGUGUCAUCAGUGCUUGGAGUUAAAUCAUAUCACCAAAGGAAAAGUACUUCAUGGUGUCAGAGUAAGGAUAAAGAUCCUCACGCCAGACCGAGAUGGAGACGUUUGGAGUUCCAGCGCCCUGGAUGGAUUGGGAUUCACCGAACUUGCCAGAGGCAUGGCGCCGCUUUCAACAACAUGCAGGGUUGAUGUUCUCAGGACCGCUACGGGAGAAAGAGGAAGUAGAUAAGUGCAGCUACCUACUAUUAUGGGUUGGAGAAAAAGGCAGGGAUGUGUUUAACACAUGGACACUAUUUUUCGAGGACGCCAAGAAGUUGAAGACAUACGAGUGACACAAAAUAUGUCACUCCCAAGUCCAACCCCAUUUAUGCUAGAUAUUGCUUCCAUGAAAAGAGAUAAAGAAACUUUAUAACCGAACUAAAGCUGCUUGUUAAGGACUGUGGUUACCCAAAUAGUGACGAAAUGGUGAGAGCAUCGUCAUAGCAACCAACUAUCCGCGUGUGUGCGAGAAUCUUCUCAGCCAUGGUGCGGACCUCACAUCGGCAUAGGUCAAGGUCCUAUGAAUUAGCACAAGCACAGAUGAAGAAGAUGGUUGGAAACAGGGACCAUGGAAGUGAAGCCGUACACGCUAUUAAGAAGAGAUCUGACGCCAUUCCAGAGUACAUAUUUCAACGUUUAUUCAAAAAUAUGAAACUGAAACUGGCUACACAAAGACUCACAACGUGAGCAACUGAAAGU